AUGGAACCUGAUUUCUGUGCUCAGGGCCUCGGUAGUGCUGUGUUGCCGGAGCUUUGUGACAUCAAAGUGCCUCGCACGGGGCAUUUUGGGCGCAUAUAUGAGGUGAACCUUCAGGCGCGUGCAAACGAGAGCAUGGUUAGACCCGUGGACGUUACCAGUUUUGGCACCUCGCAUCGACCUGCUAUCAAGGACCCAGCUGCAAAACCGUGA